UCUCUCUCUCUCCCCUUUACAAUUCCUUAAAGGAGAGAGAGAAAGGAAGAGAAACAAUUAGCUGGGGAUUAACUAACAGAUAAUUAUGUCUACCCUGAUUAUACCUCCUGUUUUAACUUCGCCCCGUGAUGAUGCCGCCCAACUUUAUAGAGCUUUCAAGGGAUUUGGAUGUGAUACUGCAGCAGUCAUUAACAUUCUUGCUCAUCGUGAUGCAAGUCAACGUGCUCUCAUUAUGCAGGAAUACAGAGUUAUGUUUUCCGAAGAGCUUAAUAAUCGCUUAUCCAGAGAGCUUAGUGGUGACAACAAGAAAGCGUUCUUGCUAUGGAUGCAUGAUCCAGCAGUAAGGGAUGCCACUAUAGUCAGGCAGGCGUUGAGUGGCGUUGUUGUUGAUCUCAGAGCUGCUACUGAAGUGAUAUGUUCUCGGACUCCUUCACAAAUACAAUAUUUCAAACAAAUCUAUUAUACCAUGAACAGUGUCUACCUUGAGCACGAUAUUGAGUCGCGGGCAUCUGAUGAUCACAAAAAGUUGCUUCUAUCAUAUGUACGUACAGUACGCUAUGAAGGACCAGAAGUUGACAGUGUUUUAGCCGAACGUGAUGCUAAAGCUCUAUAUAAAGCAGGGGAAAAGCGAUGGGGAACCGAUGAGAAGACAUUCAUACGUAUCUUUUGUGAAAGCAGCAGUGCACAUUUGGCUGCUGUUAGUUAUGCUUACAAAAACAAGUACAAGAACAAAUUGAAAAACGCAGUAAAAAGUGAAACUUCAGGGCUCUUUAGAUUUGGCCUCUUGACUAUCUUGAGAUGUGCUAAGAAUCCAGCAAGUUUCUUCGCGAAGCAAUUGCAUAAGGCUAUGAAGGGCUUGGGAACGAACGAUGCAGCUCUUAUUAGAAUAAUAGUAACACGAGCUGAGAUUGAUAUGCAGUAUAUAAAAGCAGAGUACCGAAAGAAAUAUAAGAAGUGUCUGAAUGAUGCUGUUUAUUCAGAGACUUCUGGCAAUUAUCGGACCUUCCUUCUAUCUAUUUUGGGGCCAAAUUACUAGCGCGCUAAGAUGUCAUCGCUGAAAACGAGUGUAUUAUACUGUGUAAUUGAUGCCUUUGUGGAGUUCAUGUUACAAAUCCAUGCCUAAAGUUGGGAAGUGAUAUUUGCAAUUCUUGGUAAGCCAUAGGCCUAUAAGCAGCUACGCAUUUUCCCUUUAUGUCUAAUUCUUUUGAACUUCAUUCUGAAUACAUCUGUGUAUGUUGUCUCUGUUGUAAUUAUGCAUAGGUUUUCUGUUUUUUCGCCAGUGCAAACGUUUUCUCCUUUUUAAAGGUGCUUUCGUUAUAA